CUGCGGAAGGAGCUGUCAUUGCUCUGGUCUCUUAGCUGAUCUGUCGUUUCACAUCAAAAACCCCAUCUAAGUUUAAGCGACAAAUGUAACCGCUAUGAAAGCCAUUAUGGGAUUCACACUAAGACGCUUUCUUGGUGUUAAACCGUCGAGAGCGCUGCCGUUGUUGCCUUUUUUGUUGACAUUGUUGUUCGUGAAGAGCCGAGGAGAGAGCAAUGCGAUGGACAACGUCGCAACUGAGAGGCUGGCUGAGGAGAGCCACCGACAGGACAGUGCCAAUCUGCUCAUAUUCAUAAUGCUCUUAACGCUCACUAUUUUGACUAUAUGGUUGUUCAAACACAGGCGGUUUCGGUUCCUCCACGAAACCGGACUCGCUAUGAUCUAUGGCCUAUUGGUGGGUGUGAUCCUGCGCUUUGGGGUCCAUGUGCCUCAGAGCACAAGUGACGUGGUCCUCAGUUGUGCCGUCAACGCCAGUCCCGCUACAUUGCUGGUCAAUGUCAGCGGGCGGUUCUACGAGUACACUCUGAAGGGGGAAGUCAGCCGGGGCAAAGGUCACCAAGUGCAGGACGAUGAGAUGCUGAGAAAGGUGACCUUUGACCCAGAAGUGUUUUUCAACAUUUUGCUUCCUCCUAUCAUCUUCCACGCCGGGUACAGUCUGAAAAGGAGACAUUUCUUCAGGAACAUCGGCUCCAUCCUGGCUUAUGCAUUUAUAGGAACAGUUAUAUCCUGCUUUGUUAUUGGGCUGAUCAUGUAUGGCUUUGUAUCCUUCAUGAAAGUUGUGGGCCAGCUUGGUGGAGAUUUCUUCUUCACCGACUGCCUCUUCUUUGGAGCCAUUGUAUCAGCAACAGACCCAGUGACAGUGCUGGCUAUCUUUAAUGAGCUAAAAGUAGACGUGGACCUGUAUGCUUUACUCUUUGGAGAAAGUGUCUUGAAUGAUGCUGUGGCCAUCGUCCUCUCGUCCUCCAUUGUGGCUUACCAGCCUACCGGAGACAACAGCCACAGCUUUGAGGCCAUGGCCUUGUUGAAAUCCUUCGGCAUCUUCCUGGGUGUCUUUAGUGGAUCCUUUGCUCUCGGCGUAGCCACUGGAUUCAUGACUGCUCUUGUGACCAAGUUCACAAAGCUGAGGGACUUCCCUUUGCUGGAGACGGCUCUCUUUUUCCUCAUGUCCUGGAGCACCUUUCUAUUGGCUGAGGCAUGCGGGUUCACAGGCGUGGUGGCUGUGUUGUUCUGUGGGAUCACUCAGGCUCACUACACAUUCAACAAUCUCUCUCCUGACUCUCAGGACAGGACCAAACAGUUGUUUGAGCUGCUGAACUUCCUGGCAGAGAACUUCAUCUUCUCCUACAUGGGUCUGACUCUUUUCUCCUUCCAGUCUCAUGUCUUUAACCCUUUGUUCAUCAUUGGAGCCUUUUUGGCCGUGUUUAUUGGCAGGGCGGCAAACAUCUACCCUUUGUCCUUCCUGCUCAACCUGGGUCGCAAGAACAAGAUCGGCUCAAAAUUUCAGCACGUCAUGAUGUUUGCAGGUCUGCGUGGGGCCAUGACCUUUGCUCUUUCUAUCCGAGACACAGCGACUUAUGCCCGCCAAAUGAUGUUUUCAACCACCCUGCUGAUUGUCUUCUUCACUGUCUGGAUUUGCGGAGGUGGCACCACGCCCAUGCUGUCCUUCAUGAGCAUACCGGUGGGCGUAGACUCUGAUCAAGACAACACAAGUUCCACUGUGUUGGACGGCUCACAGCGGAGGAACACCAAACAUGAGAGCGCUUGGCCGUUCAGGAUCUGGUAUAACUUUGACCACAACUACCUAAAGCCUCUCCUGACCCACAGCGGCCCCCCUCUCACUGCCACUAUGCCGGCCUGUUGUGGACCGCUGGCUCGAUGCCUCACCAGCCCUCAGGCUUAUGAGAACGAAGGUCAGCUUCACGACGACGACUCUGACUUCAUCUUGAACGACGCGAACGUGAGCUCCAUGUACGCCGACGUCACCGUCACCACGGACGCCUCAGGGUCGCGUACCACCAACCACAAGCACUCCUACACCACCAGCAGCGGGGGCAACCCGUUCGACGAGGGACUGGAUCAGGAGCUCUCUCUGGCCGAAAACGAAGUGGCGAUCAGAGGAACCCGUCUCGUCCUGCCUAUGGAUGACCCGGUGGAGCCCCCUACCACCGUCACCCUGCCGCCGCCUCCCUCCCCGCCACGCUCUGACCCUCGCAGGCACAGACUGUAAGAAGGCUUGCACUGUCAGGAAAAAAAGAAGCACCUGUCCCAGUACCUAAGCGCAUCCUUGUUGAUGGGACAACCUCAGAGCUUUUGAGGCGGUCUUGAUUUAACUCAUAAUUUUGUUGGUUAACUAUGUUGAAUGUGAAUGCACUUCAUGAACAGUAGGUACUUUCAAUUGAUCACACCAUUUUUUUUAAUGGUUUCGCAAACUCAGUAAUGUGGUUGUAGUAUUUGCUUACAACUUUGAAGUACUGUUGAAAUAUGCCAGUGCUGUUAUCUAUACUCUCUUUCAGUCCUUAAGUCUCUCUUUAGGGCUGUCGGGGUUGAUCCCUUAACUUCAUAUGCAGUUCUUCUGUCCGUAGUGAAGGAGCUCCUAACGUGAGCGCCGCUAUUCGUCUAGCUUCAAAUGGUCUUCAGAAAACUAACAUUCAAAGUUCACUUCGCUCGGGUACUAUUCUUAGAAUCACACAGUGUUGUUGAAGAGCGUUUUACAGUACAGGUACAUAACUAAUCUAACUCAGCCACACAUUUUCUGAGAGGGUUUUUGUUGUUGUGACUGACCAAGGUGAGAGCAUCCACACAUGAAUAUUGACAUUGUGAAGACAGCUGUGAAAGGAGUUUUUAAAAAAGGCAGAUACUUUAAGGUACACCAAAAAAAAAACAAAAGAGAAAAGAAAGCUUCCACAACAGAAUCCAGGAGCAUCUUCAUUUUGUUCAAACAUUGCCUCGUCUCUUCUUGAUCGGUCUUUUCACUGUAAAAUAUUUUUUUUUUAUUUGUGUUAUGGUUUAUUUUGUUUAUUUAUUAUUUAUUUAUUAUUUGUUGAAUGGCAUUAAUGGAAUCCUUGCCCUGUUAAAAAAAAAAUGUGGGACAGCUCUGUGGCUCAUGUUGCACUUUGUUUCCCCGCCUAACAAGGUACAGUGGGGCAGUCCGGGAGAGGUACAUGUAAUAGUCAAGGAGUUAGUCUUUUUUUAAAACAAAGGGCAUGUUUAAAUAUUCCCUUUCUGCGUUGUAGCAACCUCUCUUACUUUCUGUUUUCAAACCAGAGCUUCCCUCUGUGUAUUUUAAAAUGUGUGCAUGUGUCUGAUGUUGGAAUGCAACAUUGUUAUUAGGGCUAAGGUUUCAUUCUGGGUUUCUCAUCUGGUUUAAUCUUUCUUAUUAAAAAAAAAACCUGACUGCCGUGUAUUUGUGAUGUUGCAUCAUCAAAGAUGACCGAGGGCUGGCUGAACUGUUGGAAUUAAAGUGCCUAUUCUGAUGUUGAAUUACUAAGUGUAGAUUUGUACAUAUUUUGGUUUGCUAAUGUGCAGUAUGAUGAUCUCUUGAUUUUUAUACGACACUUAACUCUUUGACUGCUGUUAUAUACUGUACUUUAGUGUAAUUGGACAUUAAGGGGACUUUGCCUGAAGAGAAACUCUUUGUUUAUUUUAUUCAAAAUCCCCCAAAAAGUGCAAACUAAAACAUUGUACUUUCAUUUACAGAAAGUCAAAAGUACUGCUUCUAUAUGUCAGAUAUAAUCACUCUGUGAACAUUGUACUUGGAAAAUGUAUAUUUUAUCAAAAGUAUUUGUGGUAUUUUAAAAAGAAACAAUUCGGGGCUGAAUUUGGAUGCAACAACACGUGGUUACCGUUUUUAAGACUUUUAUUUGCUAGUGAGAACAAGGGAAAGAUACUGCAACAAGAGGACACAGUUUACUGAUGCAACAUUCAGUCUUACUUUCCUCCUUGUUCAUCAACCAAGCUCGACUCUGCUCCCAGCUCAGUGAGAUUGUUUUAUUUUAUUUAAACAGACUGAUUCUUUUCUUUGCCUUUUUUUCUUUAUUUUGCUGAGCAGAUCUGUUUUUUUUACAUGACUGAGGUAGAAAUGAAUUUAUUUUCAAUCACAUUUUAAACAGAAGCAUCUUUGUUUUAAUAAUGCAGAACAGCAUACGUUGUCUUUUUGAUUUGAUGUAAAGCAGUACUAUGUGAAGGAUGGACUUAAACAAACUUGCUUUCAUUUUUUUUCAUAAAGGUUCCCCUUUGAUUUUCUUUUGUUGUGUAAACGUACCUUAACAGUAAACAAAUGUUUAUAUUGGAAUCCUGAAGAAAGUACAAUAUCAACUCUGUGAUAAACUGGAUGAAGACAGAGCUGGACAUGUUUGUACAAGUUUGUUUCUACAAUUUGUAGAAGCUGUUUAUGGGUCUGUAUGUGACUGGUUUUUUUUUUUAAAUGUGAGAAUUAAAGGUGAGAAGGAAAGUAUCUCAGCUUCAAUAGAUUUUUCCCUGUAAAGUUCCAAUGUUAUUAAUGCUGUCUCCUCUGUCAAAGCUCUUGCAGUGUACUAGAAAAAAAUUAAAACAAUUCCUUAGCAAUCA